AAAACACCCAUCAAAGAUUUUUGAUAAACACAGAGAAAAUUCCUUCUUAGCAACAAAAAACGACUCCACCCACUAAAAAAAGCCCAAAUUUUUCUCUCCCUCUUCCUCUUUUCUUCAAAAAUUUCAAUGAUUCAUCAACCAGAAUCAACAAUCCCCUUCUCCUGAGCUCUCCUUUCGACCCUUUUUCUGUUUCAUUUCUAUUCGAACACCCAAUUUGUUUUCUGGGAAAUUGGGAUUGUUUUGAAUAGUUUGGGGAUUUCUGUGGAUUGAUUGUUCUUGAGGGUUAGUAAUGGCGACAGAGCAAGUUUUUCCGUUUUCUGUUGCUUCUGUGGUUGAAGAUGUUCUUCAGCAGCAUGGCGUUCGCCCCCGUAAUAUUGAUUUGGCUUCGAAGAAGUCUGAAGAAGACUCCUUGAGAAGGUAUGAAGCGGCCGGGUGGCUAAGGAAAACCGUUGGGGUUGUUGGUGGUAAAGACUUGCCAGCUGAGCCUUCUGAAGAGGAAUUUAGGCUUGGAUUAAGAAGUGGAAUUAUUCUUUGCAAUGUUCUCAAUAAGGUUCAACCUGGAGCAGUCUCAAAGGUUGUUGAAGGCCCAUGUGAUUCUGUAAUUAUUCCUGAUGGGGCACCCUUAUCUGCAUACCAAUACUUUGAGAAUGUGAGAAACUUUCUGGUGGCCAUAGAAGAAAUGGGGUUGCCAACUUUUGAAGCCUCUGAUCUAGAACAGGGAGGGAAAUCUACAAGGGUUGUGAAUUCCGUUCUGGCACUCAAGUCAUAUAGCACCUGGAAACAAGGAGGUGGAAACGGGAUGUGGAAAUUUGGUGGGGCAGCGAAAUCACCGACAUCGCGGAAAAAUGUGGUGCUAAAAAAUUCAGAACCAUUCAUGAAUUCUUUUACGAAAACAUCAUCUAAUGGUGAUAGUUUUUCUCUUGAAUCGUCUUCAAGUGGUGAUAACAGCAAUGAUAAUAGCAAUGAAGCAGGAUCUUCCCGUCCCUUACAUAUGCUACUUUCUCAACUUCUUUCAAACAAACAGCUUGACGAAAUCCCCAGUAUUGUGGAAUGUAUGAUUGGUAAAGUCAUGGAAGAGUUUGAGAAUCGACUAGCAACUCAUAACAAUAUGAUGAAAGCAAGUCCAGAAGAUGUGGCAGAAUCUGUAUCUAAUAAAUCUCCUCCACAGAUAACUUCUGCUGAUGAAACGAUGGAAGAGGAAACAACUAGUUCUCCUGAAGAAAUAAGUAGUCCAGAAGCAACAAGUUGUGUAGAAGAGAUAAAUAGCCCAAAAGACAGUCCAGAGGCAACAAUUUGUCUUGAGGCAGAGAGCUUUCCUGAAGCAGAAAGUUGUCCUGAAACAAAAGUGGAAAACGGUGAGGCUAAUGAUCAACGUGAUGAGGAAUUAGAACGCAAAAUCUUGAGAAGACAGAUGCUGCUUGAACAGCAACAGAAAAACAUAGAGAUGUUAAAGGAUGCUCUUGGUGAAACCAAGGUAGGAAUGCAGAUUUUGCAAAUGAAGUACCAAGAGGAAUUCAACAAUCUUGGUAAGCGCAUGCAUAGCGUGGCUUAUGCUGCUUCAGAAUACCGAAGAGUUCUUGAAGAAAAUCGAAAACUAUACAACCAAGUCCAAGAUCUGAAAGGAAAUAUCAGAGUAUAUUGUAGAGUUCGACCAUUCCUCGGUGCGCACUCAAACCGACCUUCUACUGUUGAUCGCAUAGAUGAAGGGAAUAUGAGCAUUGUGACACCACCGAAAUACGGCAAGGAGGGAAGGAAAUCAUUCAAAUUUAACAAAGUAUUUGGGCCUUCUGCUACCCAAGGGGAAGUAUUUUCAGAUACUCAACCUUUGAUUCGAUCUGUGCUCGAUGGUUAUAAUGUUUGCAUAUUUGCUUAUGGCCAAACUGGAUCAGGAAAAACCUACACCAUGUCAGGACCAACAGAGCUCACUGAGGACACUUUAGGUGUAAACUACAGGGCAUUGAGUGAUUUGUUUAUUCUUUCACAACAAAGAAAACAGACCAUUUCCUAUGACAUAUCUGUUCAGAUGCUUGAGAUUUACAAUGACCAAAUUAGGGAUCUCCUUGUGACAGAUUCGACUAACCGAAGGUUGGAAGUUCGUAACAGUUCACAAAAUGGGAUUAACGUACCAGAUGCAUGUCUUGUACCCGUGUCAUCAACAUCGGAUGUUAUAAAUCUGAUGAAUCUGGGCCAAAAGAAUCGUGCAGUGAGCUCUACCGCCAUGAAUGAUCGAAGCAGUCGUUCUCAUAGCUGCUUAACUGUCCAUGUUCAAGGAAGAGAUUUGACAUCUGGGGCAACGCUUCGCGGGUGUAUGCACCUUGUUGACUUGGCAGGAAGUGAAAGGGUUGACAAGUCUGAGGUUAUAGGAGAUAGGUUGAAAGAGGCACAACAUAUCAACAAAUCUCUUUCUGCAUUAGGAGAUGUUAUUUCCUCUCUUGCUCAAAAGAAUGCACAUGUCCCUUAUAGGAACAGUAAACUCACACAACUGCUCCAAGAUUCACUUGGAGGUCAAGCAAAGACACUCAUGUUUGUUCACAUAAGUCCAGAGCCUGAAGCUCUUGGAGAAACAUUGAGUACUUUAAAGUUCGCUGAAAGGGUCUCAACUGUUGAGCUUGGUGCUGCUCGAGUUAACAAAGAUAGUUCCGAUGCGAAAGAGCUCAAGGAACAGAUAGCUAGCCUAAAGGCAGCCUUAGUGAAGAAAGACGGUGAAACAGAGCAAAAUUCUCGACCAAGCUCUCCGGAAAAAAGUAGGAUGAAAACCUUCUUGUCAUCCCCUUCACUUCCUAGCUAUAAAAGUGUUGUGGAGAUGUCUGUUAACAGAACAAACUCAUUGGAAGAUGUCCGUAAUGCUGCCGAGGCUCAAAAGCAAGCGACCCAAAAGAUCAAAAGAAGGAGCUUAGAUCCCCGAGACAUAUUAAAGAAUUCUCCAUGGCCACCACUGAGUGCAACUCUUGUUAAUGCAAGAGAAGACGACAAAGAAUCUGUUUCGAGUGAUUGGGAUGACAAAGUUGUGGUUAACAAGAACAGCAUCGUUAGAAGAGAUGAAACUCUUACAGGACCUUGGGAUGUAAACAAUUUGCCUGAGACAUAUGGUCAGAAUUUUCUUGUAGAUCCAUCAAAGGUCUACCCUGAGAACUCAUUCAACAAUGCUUCAGUGAACAAGAAGGACAACCAAGAAUUUGAUAUGCAGAGGAAUCAGUAUGAGAUAGCCAGCACUGAUGAUUCUGAUGAUCAUGAGACUGUAAAUAGUGAAACUUCAGAGCCAGAAGUAAUUUGGCAGUCAAGCCUUCCAAUUCCAAAGGGUUCAAGCAUUCCAAAUGGUUUGGGAUCAAAGAUUAAGAAGCCAGCAGCUAUUAAGCCAGCCAAGAGCCCAGAAAUCAGGAGCUUCAUUCCAUCAUUGAUUCCUUCGCCUUCACGGAAACCGCAAGCUGGAAUUGCCCAACCGGUGCCUAAGACGGGGAAACAGGUCGUUUCAGUUGAGGGGGGGAAGAGAAAGGGUGGCAAAUAUUAAAUGAGAAUUGUGGGAUGGAGUUUGUUCAUGAAUUGAUUCUUCCUCAUUUUUGUUUUCCCUUUUUUGCAUCUAUUUAUUGUUGUAUAUAGAAAGAGUGAGAGAAAGAGAGAGUUUCUCUGUUACAUAGGCAACAGCUUCAAGUUGCCUAAGUUUUUUUACUUUUCUAUUGAAUCUUCAAAAUGUAUGGUGAAAUGGGGUUCGGUUCCUCCUUGUACAAUCCAAUUUGUUCAUAUAAUUGGUCCUUUGAGUUUUGUAAUUUCAAAAAUGUGACACAAGGAAGUUAUUUCGUGUU